AUUUUUCUCAUCGUUUACCACAACAUUCUGCAACUGAUUCAAUUUGUCUAGUUCAAUUUUUAAAAUGGAUUCGAAAAGAUUAGUAAUCCAUAUCAUAGGGCUGUUGGCUUGGGUUGUUCUUAUCUCCUCAAAGGUGUCAGCUAGGGUCUUCACUGAGACUUUCUCUAACACCAAAAAGGAUGUUGAUAAUAUAAAUGAAAAUAAAGUCAGUUAUGGAAAUGUAGGCUACGGAAAUUUUGGUGGUGUUUAUCCAGGUAAUGGCGGUUACCUGGAUAAUGGUGAUGGAUAUUAUGAAGGUUACCCCAAUAAUGGUGGGUUUUAUCAGGGUAAUGGUGGUUAUGGCGGAGGUUAUCCGAUUAAUGGUGGUGGUUACCCUGGUAAUGGUGGCUAUGGUGGUGGUUACCCGGGUAAUUUUGGAGGAAACAAUGGUAAUGAUUUGCUCGGUAACAUUGGUGGUAUUAUUGGUGGUAUUGUGGGUAAUAUUGGUGGUCUUCUUGGAGGUCGCCGUGGGGGUGCCGCAGUUGUUGGGCAAGCUAAGGACAACACUCGUAACUAAUAGUAUUAUAAUUUAAGAUACACCUUCAUAGUAAUAAAUCUCAUAAAUAAAAUAAUGCUGGUAGAUUAUGAUAGGAUUUUAUUGUCAACAAUCUUUGUUGUUAUUUUCAAUCUUGCAGAAAUAUAGUAUUAAGAUUUUUAUGUGAAAUCAUGUAUAAAUACAUCAUCACUGUGUAUAUGUGAUGAUGAUUUAUUUUUCAACAAAUGAAAGUGUGGAAUGCAUUAUCAUGUGAUAUAUAAAAA